AUGUAUAAUGGAAAUGGAAAUAAUGACGAAAGAAGCUGGUAUUCGUAUUUCAUCGAUCUUCCGUCGCUACGGGUUUGGAUAAAGAUAAGGGCAAGUUGUAGUGGUGCCUGUUCUUCUUGUGCUCUACAACUAUCUACCUUUGUUUGUACAAGCAAGAUGGUCGCUCUCCGUCUCCAGUUUCAUCAGUCGCUGCUAAAGAGUGGCGCCCGAGCCUCCUCGUUCAACCCGACGCCCGAGGCCCCGGUAGUUGCGGUCUGCUCGAGUUUGCAGCAGCGCCAAUGUGGCAGUGCUAGUAGAAGGAUGUCCUCGAUUAGAAACCACUCUACUUACCCUUCCUACAAGUAUCAAUCUUGCAGACGGCCUGUUGCACUGUCCACGACCUCCUUCCCAUUGUUUUUGCGCGCAAGCGCGGCUAUCAACAGCAGUUCUCGCUGUUGUACGGGCAGAACAAGUGUUUGCAGUGAAGCACAUCAACAUUUCGUCAGCCUCUCCAACCGCACACUCUUCACAAACCGAGCUUGUUCGUCCCGUUUGUUUGGUGCAACCACGGCACAUCAACUACAGAAAUCGUGCUUGUUCAGUACGACCAUUAGAAUACCCCCCGACAAGAAAAACCGUCUGCGACGGUCGGUGCACUUUGUCCCCGGGGACAGCGAGAAGUUCCUGCAGAAAUGUCUGAGCUUGAACGCCGACACGUUGGUGUUGGAUCUCGAAGACUCGGUGCUACUUCCCAACAAGCAGCGCGGCCGGCAGCUGGUGCAAGACUUCCUACAGAAGAACAUCGACGCAAGAAGAACUUCAUCGUCCUCUCUUGUUUCAUCUCUUUCUGCUCACGGCAAAGGAGAAGGCUCGGGCUCUUCGCUCCCCCACCCGGAAAUUCUGGUGCGCAUCAACCCGCUGGACUCCGAGUUCUGGCACGACGAUCUUCGAGCUGCGCAGCUUGCCGAUGGCUUCAUGCUGCCGAAGAUCAGCUCGAAACAGGACUUGGAUCUGUUGGAGAACAGCGGUUUGCUCCGGCCUGACCACGUCCUUCUGCCCAUCGCGACCGAGACCCCCCUGGCCGUGCUGAAUCUGCAGGAGAUCGCCGCGGGCAGCGACCGGAUAGCAGCAAUUACCUGGGGGUGCGAAGAUCUGUCCGCAGCGAUCGGAGCGACGAGCACGCGAACAAGCGCAGUGGAGACGAUCAACAUGGGAGCCGUAUCUUCAAAGAAUCCGUCAACUACAUCGUCCACGUCCUCUUACCUCCCCGUAUUCCAGAACGUACGAACCCAGUGUCUGCUCGCUGCGAAAGCCGCAAAUAUCCAGGCCAUCGAUGGCGUUUUCACGGACGUGAAGGAUGGGUCGGGCUUUGCGCACGAAACCACCGAGGCCAAGCAAAUGGGGUUCGACGGGAAGCUCUCCCUGCACCCGCUACAGAUUGAGCAGCUGACGAAACUCUUCUCGCCGACCAGCAUGGAAAUGCAGGAGGCGGAGGAAAUUGUGGCACUGUUCGAGUCCGCGGAGGCUACGAAAGGCGCCGUGGUAUACAAGAACCAAAUGGUGGACCUCCCCCACUACACGCGCGCGAAAAAGAUUUUGCAAAGAGGAAAGCAGUCCGGCGUGGAGAUCAGUGGGCGCGCCGAAGACCCUGCACCAAAGAGUACAACUGUGUCGAUGAAGAACGAGGGUCGUGCAAAAAUAAAUGAUAAGCCAACUGAGCCGGAACAAGCGGCUUUGAAGCGAAAACCGCCAGAACCGGUCUACCACGGGAAGUUCCUGGAGGAGCUCCGCGUUGGACUGAAGAUUCCGCACGCGCUCACGCGCACCGUGACCGAAGCGGACAACGUGUUUUUCACUUGCCUGACCCUAAAUCCGGCCCCCAUCCACUUGGACCACACGCUCGCGGCGAAAUCUAGCGAGUUUGGCGGAAAGCCGCUCUUCAACUCGAUGUUCACGCUCGCGUUGCUCGUGGGCAUGACAGUGUUGGAGACGACACAUGGCACCACCAUCGCGAACCUGGGCUUCUCGAAGGUGGUAUUUCCGAAACCAGUGUUCCCGCUAGACACGCUGUGUGCGGAGACCGUGGUGCUGGAAAACCGAGAGUCCAAAUCCAGGCCGGGCCAGGGCAUCGUCACGCUGGAGCACACCAUGUUUAACCAGCAUGGUGAUGUGGUCUGCACCUGCGUCCGUCAGGCCCUCAUGAAGUGUAAACCAAAACCCAAACCGAGCUGA